UGAUUGGGGUCCUGCUCCUGCUCCUGCUCCUCCUCCUCCCCUUUCUCCUGUACAUCGCUGCACCCCAAAUCAGGCUGAGUCUUGUGAUUUCCUAAUCCUAAGAAAGAGCUCCACCAGGAUCCUGGCUAAACAGAUAUUCAUCAGUUCUUGUAACUGCAGGGAACAGUGCUAAGGAAAAUGCUGUCCAGCGGGGUGUGUACAUCAACCAUCCAGCUUCCUGGGAAGGUCGCUGUGGUCACUGGAGCCAACACAGGCAUCGGGAAGGAGACAGCCAAAGAGCUAGCUCAAAGAGGAGCCCGUGUAUAUUUAGCUUGCCGGGAUGUGCAAAAGGGGGAGUUGGUGGCCAGAGAGAUCCAGGUCAUGACAGGGAACCAACAGGUGUUGGUGCGGAAACUGGACUUGGCUGAUACUAAAUCUAUUCGAGCCUUUGCUAAGGGCUUCUUAGCAGAGGAAAAGCAUCUCCACAUUUUGAUCAACAACGCAGGAGUGAUGAUGUGUCCCUACUCCAAGACAGCCGACGGCUUUGAGAUGCACAUGGGAGUCAACCACUUAGGUCACUUCCUCCUGACCCACCUGUUGCUAGAGAAGUUGAAGGAAUCAGCCCCAUCAAGGGUAGUGAAUGUGUCUUCCUUAGCACAUCACCUGGGAAGGAUCCACUUCCAUAACCUGCAGGGUGAGAAGUUCUACCAUGCAGGUCUGGCCUACUGUCACAGCAAGUUAGCCAACAUUCUCUUUACCCAGGAACUGGCCCGGAGGCUAAAAGGCUCUGGCGUUACAACGUACUCUGUACACCCUGGCACAGUCAACUCUGAAUUGGUUCGGUACUCAUCCCUCAUGAGAUGGAUUUGGUGGCUUUUCUCCUUCUUCAUCAAGACCCCUCAGCAGGGAGCCCAGACCAGCCUGUACUGUGCCUUAACAGAAGGUCUUGAAGCUCUAAGUGGCAACCAUUUCAGUGACUGCCAUGUGGCAUGGGUCUCUGCGCAGGCUCGUAAUGAAACAGUAGCAAGGCGGCUGUGGGAUGUCAGCUGUGACCUGCUGGGCAUCCCUGUGGGUUGACAGGUGACGGCAGCUGGAACCAAGAGAAGCCUGCAGUAGACUACUAAGUACUCCCUGCCAAAAUGAUUCUCCUUCAGGAUGGCCAAAACCUUGAGCACAAAGAAAGCAAACCUUCCAGCCUUGCCUGCUUGAUGUCUGAUAAAAGCCCAGUGUACACUGCCAGACUCAUCUAACUCCUUGCAUUUGUCCAGAUUAAUUUUGCUCCUGUUACUGCCAGAGUUACUAGAGAUAAUGUAGGAUAAGUAGACCUUCAUAUGACCUCCAAGCUCAUAUUUUCCUUCUGAAGCCUACUACCUAGGAGAACCUAAGCUAUGGCAGGGGUUAGUUUCUGGCACUUUGGAUUCGUUUCUAUUCUCUUUGUCCACAAUGUAGUUCCUCCCAACCAAACAACCUUCAAGGGGGCCAUCCUUUAGCCUUAGCUAAACUCCAGGAGUCACAGUGGCUUGGCUGAAGAGCAGGGUUUGUCCCUCACCUCUUAAGAAAACCAUCAUGGCACCAACAUCUGGAUUCUUUCAGGAAGCUUCACUGAAUCUGGAUUGUGGCAUGGCUUUAUCUCUGACAACCUAAAGCCACUGCUGCUAAAACACUUUCACAUGCCUAGACCACAAAAGAGCUUCCUUUUCUAAGAAGUGGGUGGAGUUUACAGGAUGGCAGAAAUUUGGGGAAAGGCAAAAAUAAAAAUCAAAUUUAAACUGUCAUUCA